GUAAAGUAUAACAAGUUUAGUAAAAAUGGUUAAUUAUAAAGAGAAUGGCAAGUUCUACAGAAGUUUGCUGCUGCUGACAACAAUACUACUACUACAUUAUAAUCAGUUCCCAAGAGUUUUCUUUUCUCUCCAUUUCUAGGGUUUCUACCCAACCUCUCUAGGGUUUUGUACCAACAUCCAUUCAUCACCUUGAUUUGUGGUUACCAGUUGAGCUCUGCUCUUGUCUACUCAAUUGAGAUCGAUAGCGACAGUUGAAAUGGUAGAUCUUUGUUAUGGCAAUUGGUAAAAGUUUAAAUCGGGCAAGAUCGAACAUCCCUUGAUAUGGUGUCUUGUAAUGUUAAUUGAGAAUUGGUGUAGAAAAGAAGAAUCAGUGUUGUAAACAUGCAUUUUGGUAAACUCGAUGACUCUCCCAUGUUCCGUAAACAGCUGCAAUGUUUUGAAGAAAGUGCUGAAUCACUAAGAGAAAGAAGCUUGAAAUUCUAUAAAGGAUGUCGAAAAUAUACGGAGGGACUUGGAGAGGGAUAUGAUGGAGAUAUUGCUUUCGCGAGUGCCCUGGAAACAUUUGGUGGGGGGCACAAUGAUCCCAUCAGUGUUGCAUUUGGAGGUCCUGUAAUGACUAAAUUUACUAUUGCACUGAGGGAAAUCGGGACUUAUAAGGAAGUUCUUCGGUCACAGGUUGAGCACAUGCUGAAUGAUCGGUUACUGCAGUUUGUUAACAUAGAUCUGCAAGAUGUCAAGGAAGCUCGGAAGCGCUUUGACAAGGCAAGCCUAAUUUAUGAUCAGGCCCGCGAGAAGUUUUUGUCACUAAGGAAAGGCACAAAAAGUGAUGUUGCCAGUUUACUGGAGGAGGAACUUCAUAAUGCAAGAUCAACUUUCGAGCAAGCUCGAUUCAGUUUGGUAACCGCUCUUUCUAAUGUUGAAGCAAAGAAACGGUUUGAAUUCCUGGAAGCAGUUAGUGGUACAAUGGAUGCUCAUCUUCGUUAUUUCAAACAGGGAUAUGAGCUUUUGCAUCAGAUGGAGCCAUAUAUCAAUCAGGUCCUGACUUACGCACAGCAGUCUCGAGAACGCUCCAACUAUGAGAAGGCAGCUCUUAAUGAAAAGAUGCAAGAAUACAAGAGACAAGUAGAUCGAGAGAGCAGGUGGUUGUCCAAUGGUUCUAAUGGAUCUCCUAAUGGAGAUGGUAUACAAGCCAUUGGCAGAAGUUCACACAAGCAAAUAGAAGCUGUCAUGCAAUCUGCUGCAAGGGGAAAGGUUCAAACCAUUAGACAAGGUUAUCUAUCAAAGCGCUCAUCAAAUUUGCGGGGAGACUGGAAAAGAAGGUUCUUUGUUCUUGAUAGCCGUGGAAUGUUGUACUACUAUCGCAAACAGAACACAAAACCAUCUGGGUCAGGUAGUCAACAUUCUGGCCAGCGAAAUAGUUCAGAGCUUGGUUCUGGACUUCUUAGUCGCUGGCUUUCGUCCCAUUAUCAUGGUGGUGUACAUGAUGAAAAGUCUGUUGCUCAUCAUACUGUAAACCUUUUGACAUCAACUAUAAAGGUUGAUGCUGACCAAUCAGAUCUGCGGUUUUGCUUCAGGAUUAUCUCCCCUACAAAGAGCUACACCUUGCAGGCAGAGAGUGCCUUGGACCAAAUGGAUUGGAUUGAGAAAAUAACAGGAGUUAUUGCUUCUUUGUUGAGUUCUCAGGCCCCUGACAGGUGUUUGACUGCCAGUCCUAUGGGAAGUGGUCAUCAUCGAUCUGCCAGUGAGAGCAGUUCAUUUGAAAGUUCAGAUUUUGACCCGCCUGCAGUUGAAGACCAUCCAUCUGACAGGCUUAUCUCAGCACAUCAUGAUCGCCCUUUCAGAAAUUCACAACAGCUACGAUCUGCUCCAAAAACUGAACAGCCAAUUGCCACACUACGUAGAGUAUGCGGGAAUGAUAGAUGUGCUGACUGUGGUGCUGCUGAACCAGAUUGGGCAUCUUUAAAUCUUGGUGUUCUUGUUUGUAUUGAAUGUUCAGGUGUUCAUCGUAAUCUUGGUGUGCAUAUAUCAAAGGUGAGGUCACUCACACUUGAUGUCAAAGUAUGGGAGCCUUCUGUUAUAGCUUUAUUUCAGUCGUUGGGGAAUACCUUUGCAAAUUCAGUCUGGGAGGAGUCACUGCAAGCUCGAGGUGCUUUCCAAGUUAAUGUUUCUGCUGCCAGCUCAUACAGAUCUGAUAAACAGCAACAGCUCUACAUCAGCAAGCCAAGUCAUGCUGAUCCCAUUUCAACCAAGGAGAAAUUCAUCCAUGCAAAGUAUGCAGAUAAAUCAUUUGUUCGUCGGACGAAGGACGGUCACACUGCGGCACAAAUGAUGUGGGAGGCAGUUCGAGCUAAUGAUAAGAAAGCUGUGUAUCGCCUUAUUGUAAGCUCUGAAGCAGACGUUAAUGCUCUUUACAAGCAAGUUGUGUCUAAUUCUUCCUUAACCCUUGCCAAAGUAAUGCUGUUACAAGAACAACCAUACACUGAUCAGAGUUCUACUUGCUUAGAAAUGGACUUGGCAAGUCCAAGUGAGAGGCUUAUAGUUGGGGACUUCGAUGGGUGCUCCCUUCUACACCUUGCUUGUGAAACAGCUGACCUAGGGAUGCUAGAGCUUCUUAUGCAAUACAGUGCAAAUGUAAAUUCUUCAGAUUCAAGUGGUCAGACACCACUUCAUUGGUGUAUUAUAAGAGGCAAAGCUGCAUUUGCUAAGUUGCUUCUUGCAAGGGGUGCUGAUCCACAUGCUUUGGAUGGGGAAAGUAAAACCCCUUGCGAUCUUGCAUUGGGCUCAAAUUUUGAUGACGUUGAUGUCCUUAAUCUCUUGUCAGAUGCAAAUGCUUAAUACAUUCAAGAGAGUAUAUACCAAACGUGGACAGAGAUUGAAGCUGUACCCUUUGUUUGAAAUGAAACCAGGGUUUCAGUUCUUUGUAAUUAUGCUAGUAAAUUUUGUGCUGACAGAUCUCCAUCGAAAGACACUGCUGCUUGUGCAUUAAGGGCCCUCAAUGUUGCAUGUUGUGGUCUGCAAGAUUCCUGGGGACUACGCGUCCGAAUCUUCUAUUGAAGUAAAAUGUUAGGGUGGUCUUUCAUGCUUGAUUUUGGAGGUCAGAUGCAUUGGAGGGUUGCAGUCUUUUUGUGUUGUAAAGCUGUUUUUUCACUUAGCAGUUUUAUUGGUUUUUGUUUUUAGAGUUUUUUGUGGCAGGUUCUAGGCAUUGGCCUUGGGUGCUGGUAUUUUGUGUACAUUUUGCUGUUAAUUUUAACUUUUGUGGUGUAGCCUUUGUAGUUUGUAUAUCUAAAUCUAAGUGUUAUUUUAACUGAGGGAAAAUGAUUUGCCUGCCUGUCCCUUCACUGGUUUAGUACAUUUGGUGGUGUAU